AUACCUGUUUGGAAAGCCACAGAGAGAAGGAAAAGAUGGAACAAAAAGAGUGCCAGAAGCCAUUGAGGAUGGAGCUCAAGGCUAUGUGCUUCUAUGCUUUUCUAGUGCUGUUUGUGGGUGUGAUUGUAGGCUUAUGCUUGUGUGGGUUUUCAGGAGCUUUGGAGGGAGAAAUGAGAGACACAUUCAUACAACUACAUGGGAACAUGGCAAGAAACAUCCGCAAUGGCUUCAUCACCUUCACGAUCAAAUCUCUCCAUUUCUUCAUUUCCAAGUUUCUGCAGUUCAGAUUCUCGCCACUGCAUUCUGCGCCAUGUACCACCUCUAGGCUGCUAUUUUGGGUGGGAUUUACUCGAUCAAUCGGUUCUACGGACUCCCCAAUUUCCUAGUCCAUACAAUGCAAGAAAAUCUUCAUAGACCCAGGCCUCUCACCAUGUCUUAACCUAUUCUGGGUAGCAUUUACCCAAUCACCAUGUCUCAUGUUGCAGCAAUUUUUAGCAACAGAAGAGUCAAUUCCCAGUAUUCAUAUUCAGUCACUGUAGAAAAAAUUAAUUAAUUAAUUAAUUAAUUUUACUUGGGCAUUCCCUGGUUAAUGUGUGUUUAGGUAGCUGUCCACGCUCAAAUUUUCCCAUUGUUCUUCCUGUUUGUUAUUUUUAUACAUAUGGUUUUAACUUCAAAGAACUGCUAGAUGUAACCACAAUCAGAUGUCAAUCUAUAUGAAGA